UUUAUCCAUCUUAUUGUUAGGCGAAUUGUCUUGUAGAUAGGAUCGAAAAAAAUAUAAUUGUCGCUAGUCGUAAUAACGCUUCAUGUUGUAAUUUACGAUCUAUCGGAUCGGAUGUCUUCCUCGUCGACAUGAUGGCACAACAUCUUAGUGAUAUAUCUUCUAUGUGGUUACGUCACACUCUUUAAUCUGACGUUUGCGUGCGAAGCGUGACAAAAGAGCGGUGAUCGGAUAUGAUCGUGAAUUUGUGAUCGAAGAACGAGUUUGAAAUUCAAGUGAACAUAAAGAAUGGGAAAAAUAUAAUCGACGGCUCUGAGCCAUUGAAGUUCAAUAACACGUGGGAGACCUGCGAUAACAGAACGAUCACGCGACUACGUAUGAAUUGCAGCCGCGUUAGAACUCGAUAAAUUUUGAUUGAAUUCGUAUGAAUUUAAAGAAACAUUUAAAGAAGUACUCGUCUAAUUUAAUGCUUAGAUAAUCUCAGUUGUUAAAAGAAAUGGUUGUACCGGCGGAACACGCGCUCCAUGAAGCCAUUCAGGUUUCGCCACUUGAAUUAUCAAACGAUGUUAGAAGACAGAAAAUCGAAAACCGGUUAGCACGGAUGCGUUUAUCUGCAACGACUGUUAGAAAAAUUCAGGAUGUAUUCGUCUCGGAAAUGAACAAAGGUAUCCAUCAAGAACCGUCAUCUUUACAAAUGGAGAACACAUAUGUACCAGAACUCGUAGAUGGAACAGAGGAGGGACGUUUUUUAGCAUUAGAUCUUGGCGGGACUAAUUUCCGAAUUCUCUUAUUGGAAUUGAAGAAUGGUAGAAUUGUGAGGGAGGAUGUGAAGAAUUAUCACAUCGGAUCUGAAUUAAGGAUUGGCACGGGCUUUCCUUUGUUCGAUUAUUUAGCUGAGUGCGUUAGUGAUUUUGUAAUUAACCAAAGUCUUCAGGAUGUUGAGAUACCUUUAGGAUUUACAUUUUCGUUUCCAAUGGUUCAACAUUCACUCGAUGUUGGAAUUUUGGUGACAUGGACAAAGAGUUUCAAUUGCCCAGACGUUGUCAAUAAGGACGCAGUUCAGUUACUCCGAGAUGCUCUUGCUCGUCGAGGUGAUACUAAAGUAAAAGUCAUAGCAGUGUUGAAUGAUACAACAGGAACUCUCAUACAAGGAGCCACAUUGGAUCCCGAUACAGCUAUUGGGCUUAUUUUGGGUACUGGUAGCAAUGCUUGCUAUCUUGAACGAGCUGACAGGGUCGAACAUUGGGAACCAGAGAGACAUGGGGAAAGAGAGGUUGUAAUAGAUAUCGAAUGGGGUGCCUUUGGGGACAAUGGUGUUUUAGACUUUAUUAAAACGGAAUUCGAUCGCGAAAAUGACGCAAAUUCGCUUCUCGUAAAUUCAUUUACAUUCGAAAAAUAUAUCAGUGGAAAGUAUCUGGGUGAAAUAGUGCGUAUUGUACUCGUCAAAUUAACGAAAGAAGGGCUUUUAUUCCUAGAUAAAGAUCCAGGGCAUUCUUUUUUCAUACCAGGAACGGUUACCUCAGAUUUAGUAUCUUUUAUUGAGCAAGACACCGUAGACGGCAGUACCCAUAAUACAAAGGAGGUUCUAGCAAAAUAUGAUAUCGUUCCAACCGACGAUGACAUAAACAUUGUACAAUAUGUGUGCGAAGUUGUUUCGAAUCGUGCGGCUCUUCUCGUUUCUAUAUGUCUCGCGGCAUUGUUGGAACGAAUCGAUAAGAAGAAUGUGACGAUCGCGGUCGAUGGUUCUUUGUAUAAACAUCAUCCUCGAUUCGAAACCUGGAUGAAGCAAUAUAUAACUUUGCUUGCCCCUAGUCGUAAGUUCAAAUUGAUUCACGUCGAGGAUGGAAGUGGAAAGGGUGCAGCGCUUAUCGCUGCGAUUGCGCAGAGGAUUCAAAAAAGAUUAACAUAAUUAUUAUUGACGGAGAAGUGAUUUCACAUAUGUAAUAAUCUAUCAGUAGUACAAGCAUUCCAUGGCAGGAUAAUUUCCUGGUUGUGUUAUAAAAAAGGGUAAUAGUCAAAAUGA